AUGGAAACGAAGCAUCCGAGCCUUAUUGAGGCGAAAAGGUAUGAGGAGCGCAAGCUUCCCUUAAUAAGAGACAUUUACACGGGGUCGGACCAGACAUAUGCAGUCCAGAAGAUGAUGGUGAAGAGAAGGGAGAUGAGCAUUCCGAGGAUUGAGUAUAAAAGAUCUGGGAUACUUCCUGUCAUGGGUGCGCUGUGGUUUUCCAAUGGCAAGAACCUGGUCAUCUGGAAGUACGAGAGCAACGAAGAGGAGGAGAUAGGAACAUUUUCCUCUGAGGUCCUGGAAGUGAUGGUUUUUGUUCCCAGGGCGGGGAUCUUCAACGAAAGGAUAUCCCACUGCCUGUUUGUUGCAACCGAGAAGCAGGUGAUGAUCUACGGGGUUGAGAAGGAUACAUUCUGCCUGGUUAACACCGACUUUGUGGCAUCUUCUCCAAGCAGUGUGAGAUGUGCAGCAGUGGAGAAUGGAGACGUAUUCAUUGGAUGCGAGAACGGAGGGGUGUACCAGGUUGUUUACAAGAGCGUUGAUUCGUGGUCGUUCAAGAUAAUGCACGUCUAUGACCCAAGCUCAUCGAUCCUGUCCAGCCUGGUUCCAUCUGUGCUGAAGAGAAAGAAGUCUGCGGUUAGGGCCCUGAGCAUAGGGAAGAGCUUUAUGGUUUCCCUGGAUAGAAAUGCAGCCAUCUACAACAUCGAAGGAGGGAUGUAUAAGAUCAGGGACGUUGUGCUGUGCAGAGAAUAUGUUGACGUCCAGGUGGUGGAUGAGAAGGAGGACUCGGUGUUUUUCUAUCUGAUGCAAAACGACGGAUCAAGAGACUUUUACGAGAACGACAGGCUUGUGAUGACGAAGAGAUCGCCGAAUAUUGGGGACAUGACGGAGAUCAAGGAGAUGAGGGUGUGCACGUCAGGGAGAAGGCUCUGCAUGGCAAGAAACGGGCGGUAUGACGGAAGCAUUGUGACGACGAUUUCUUUGAACGAGGACCAGAUCUGCAACUUCGACAAACUGAAAAGCUCUGAAAGCUAUGAGGUGGUGGUGAUGAAGGACGACAUAGAGCUCAUUGGGAUUGACGGCAGGACUGUUCUUCUCCUGGGAAACAAAAAGAUCUUUGUGUAUGAAAUCCAGACUGUCGAGAAGUUUCUUUUGAGCUGCAGGUCUGAGGAAAUCUUCAGUAUAUACAAGAGCUAUGGGGAGAGGGAGACACUGGUGUUGUACUAUGAGCUCCUCGCAAGCAACGAGGAUGUGGGGAGGCUGGAGUAUCUCUGCCUGAAGAACGAGGACAUCCAGCUCUCUGCAUUGUUCCUGUAUCUGUACAGACUGGCGGUACCGAUCCUGAACAUUCCGUUUGAGGACAUUCUGAAUGGGGAAAGGAACAUAUACCUCGAGAGGAUACAGAGCAAGAUGAAGAAUAUCCGAGGCAAGAUCAAGGCCAAGCACCUACGGGCGGGGUAUGACUUUAUAGAUGAGUUUCUGCAGACAUGCUUUUAUAUGAAUGUGCUGUACGAGUACUCGGUCAGCCUUGAAGGAAGGUCUUUAGGGUAUGUUCUUCUUGAAGACAGCGAGGGAUUUAAGAAGAGAACUCUCAAGUCCAUUCUCGAAAUGUUCAAGGUCAACCAGAGUGUUGAGCCUCUGAUAAAGACUCUCAGUGCUCGGUGUCCCUUGUUUCUCCCCAUGGAGGAGGUCUACUAUCAAAGGGGGCUUGAGAUGCUGAACAAGAGGCCGUCGCGGGAGGUCCUGCUUGAGUCUCUGAAUAACCUUAAGAAUGUGCAAUACAACGAAAGCCUUGUUGCGAAGUACAACGAGUUUGGCUUCUACUACGGAAGUACGACACUUAUCAGGGAGAACUUCAACUUCGACUUUGAGUACGGGGUUGAGAUCCUGAAGAAGAGUGUCAGGUGUGCUGGGGCCCUGAAUCUUGCAUUAGAGGAUCCCCGAGAGGAUUUUCUGUAUGCGCUGUUUGAGGCGUUGAUCGACAUCCUGAAGGAGAACGGACUUAGGAAUGAAUGCAGCUGCUGCGAUAAGCCCAGCGCCAUGGGCCUCAACGACGUGAUCAAGAUAUCUGUUCCGUUCCUCGAGAAGUUUUUGAAGGAAAAGGCGAUGUCAUCUAGCGACCCUCGGGUGUUUGAGCUCCACUGGAAGUAUUGUGUUUACAGAAAUGACAAGGUCAAGGGGACACAGUCUCUGCUGGAGCUGGCCGACAACAAGCCUGUGUCUUUGGAAACCAAGAUCGAUCUUCUAAGAACGGCGCUGAGUGUGUCGGUCAACACACAUCUGUUCAACGAGGUCAAGCUUAGGUUGGAGCUUGCUGACAUUCAAGCUGAGAUUCUAAGGAGGGGGAGGGUUGACCCGGUGAUCAGCAACAACCUUCUAUCUGCAGACGAACUGUUCAACGACUAUGCAUACAAGUAUCCUGAGCUUGCCCUCAAGAUCAUUGGGAUAUCCAGCUAUACAGACAAGGCAGUCAUCAGGGAGCUGUGGGAGGAGGGGAUGAGCGGAGACUUUGACUCAGCCGUGGAGUUCCUGGGGGCUGUCAAGGCCUCCGGGCCUGCAAUGGACUGUAACAUAGUUGGAGAUAUUCUAUGCUCCAAGAUGGCCAAGGGGAAAAAGCUAGGAAGAGCACUGACGAGCGCUGGGUUUAGCUACCUCGAAGUCAUAAGCUUUUUGGAGGAAAAGAUCAAGGGAGAGGAAUACAACCAUCCCGACAUGAAGAGGAUGCUUUUGAGCGAUCUUAAGGAGUUUUCCAACAGCAAUGAGUUCUACCUCAAGGUUGAGGAGUAUUGCCGGAGGAAGUAUGGAAUCUAG